AUCUGAGGGACCAGCUGGCCCUUAGUUUCCUUCCCCGUCUGUGCAGCAGCAUCCAGGUCAGCCCUCUCGCCUCUGAAAUUCAACCUGAACUCUGGCCGGAUGAUGGAGGAAUCAGACGACGAUUUUAAGGAACUCUGCGCCAGUUUUUUCCAGAGGGUGAAGAAGAAUGCACCCAAGGAAUUGUCAGGAGAAAAGAAGAAGCCAAAGGCCUCCAGCAUUCAGAUAAGAAGCAAACAGAAACGGCCCAGACAGACCGCUGCCAACAGCAAGACUCUUCGAGGUCCAAAGGGGAAGAAACAGCAACCCAGGAGUCAGGCCUUUCAGGCUAAAAAUCAAGGCAUAGCCAAGUUGCUAGAACCAGGCCCUGCACCCACUGAGAACGGAGAGAGCUGUGCACUUGAUCCUACGGCCGCACCUGUGCCCGCGCCUGCGCCUGCACCUCCCCCUGCUGCAGACGAGCCUGUGCUUGAGGAUGGUGUACAGAAUGCCCAAACAGAAGGUGCUCCUAGGGGUGACGCCCAGCCCCCUGCUUCCGGGCUGCCGACAGCCCCUGCAGUCAGCCCCUCCAGGCCACGGACAGCAGAGCUGGUCCUCCAGCGAAUGCAGCAGUUCAAGAGAGCACACCCCACCCGUCUGAAACACGCUUCGGAAGCGUGCUUGCUUGAGGCUGCGACGGCAGAAACCUCACCCAAGGACCCUCAAGAGGAGAGGAUGGUGGAGAAUGGAACGCUUCACUUUCCACACAGAGGCUGUGGACCUGGGCCCCUUGCCACCGAAAGCGAUGCCGAGGUGGCCCUGGCCCUGCAGCAGGAAUUGGGCCAGGAAGGAGCACCGGCCCGUGAAGAGGGCCUGGAGGAAGAGGGGUGGUUCUUCUGCCAGAUCUGCCAGAAGGACCUGUCCGCCAUGACCGUGACUCGGAGGGAGCAGCAUGUGAACAGGUGCUUGGAUGAGGCAGAGAAGGCAUCGAGACCCUGCGCCCCUCAAAUCCCGGGGUGCCCCAUUUGUGGCAAGCUGUUCCUCAGCAUGCAGAGCAGAAGCAGCCACCUGAAGCAGUGUGCCACCCGGAUGGAGGUCUGCCCCCAGCUCCUGCUGCAGGCGGUGCGGCUGCAGACGGCCCAGCACCAGGGGAACUGCAGUCCCGCCACCACACCCAGCCCCAACUGGGAGACUCUGAAACGGAAAGGAGCCCCCAUCAAGAAGGAGCCCCAGAAAAGGAAGAAGGUCAGCCCGCCCGAGGCCCCGUCCGAGGACCUGCUCGUGGCCAUGGCGCUGUCCCGCUCGGAGCUGGAGCAGUGUCAGCCCGUGCCAGCACUUCGCCUGGGGAAUGCCUUUUCUAAGUGGAUAAAGCUGGGAGCAGAGAAGCGAGGCCGCAAGAAGCUCCCCAUCUUCCCACCCCCGCUGCUGGUCCAGGACUCCCAGGCCACACGGCGGCAGAUGGAGGACCGCGUGGCCACGCUCCUGGCCGAGGAGGACGUGCCCUUGCCCAGCACACCACCACUCCCCACCAGCCGGAUCUUGGAGAAAGAGGCCGAGCAUGCCAGUUGGCGCCUGUCGCUGCCAGUGGGAAGGCAGAACUUCCUGUGGGAGGGCAGCGCCCUGAUGGGAAGCUGGGCUUUGGAGGCGUUCUACACCACCAGCCUGGUCCCACCCAUUGUGCCCUGGCAGCCCACCCAGGAACUCAAGACGGAGCCGAUGAGUCCAUUGAGACUGCCUGACCAGCUACAGCUGGAUGCUCACCUGUCCGCUAGCCUCCACAGCCGUCCCUGGUCAGGCCGAAGCCCUGGAGGGCGCUUGGUGGAGGCCAGCCCCGGGAAGGCAUCACCCACCUCCAGCCAGAGGGAGCGCCAGGCCCUGCAGGACCUUGUGGACCUGGCCCGAGAGGGCCUGCAGCCCAGCAACCGGGGCCUGGGCGGCUGGGGCGAAGAGGCAGCCACAGAUUUGGUGCCCAGCAGCCUCCCGCUCUCAGGGUUCGUCCUGACACCCAAAGAGGAACUUCUGGAGAGGGAUGAUGCCACCUCAGUAAGGACCGGGCUACCCAGGCUCUCCCUCGGCCUGCUGCUUGCUGACCUCAGGGCCAUGGUCAAUAACCCGCAUCUGAGCGACGUCCAGUUCCAGGUGGACAGCGGGGAGGUGCUCUACGCCCACAAAUUUGUGCUGUACGCGCGCUGCCCACUUCUCAUCCAGCACGUGAACAGUGACGGUUUCUUGGCCGUAGAAGACGGGGACCUGAGAACCCAUCGUGUCCUGCUGAGGGACGUCAGUGCCGAGGGGGCCCACCACUUCCUGCGCUACCUCUAUGUCGCCGACACCGACGUGCCCUCCCGCCUGGCCCCCAUGCUGCACCCCCUGGCCCUCAGGUUUGGACUGAGUGAGCUUGCCCACCUGUGCAAACAGGCACCUGUCACCAUGGGCAUGGCGAGUGGCAUCGGGGAGAAGGAAGAGGAGACUUGUGAGGGCAGAGCAGACACCUUCCAAGAUGUCUUGAGGUCGGUGUGGGUAGAGGAAGAAGAGGAAGCAGAGGCCCUGUUGAAACCUGAGGGCCCAGAAGAAGACAGAGAAAAUGUGGAUGAAGCCGAGAUGGAAGAAAUAUAUGAGUUUGCAGCUACUCAGCGGAAGCUGCUCCGAGAGGAGAGAGCCGCAGAGAGAGCUGAGGCUGCCGACCAGCUCGAGUGGGAGCGUCUGGCUCCUGAGUAUGCCCGCACCCACUGCUUGGUGGGAGCACGACUGGAGGAGGAUGCAGGCCCCAAGGAGUCGCCUGAGCAAGGAAGCAAGGAGACCUUGGCCGGAUGGGAAGGUGUGGGGCUGUCGGCAGCGCCGGGCCUCUGGCCCCAGCGGCCCCACAGUGAGGAUUCCGAGACCCCCAAACAUGAAGCCGGAAGGGAAACCGCGGAGUGCUCCAGCCCCUCCAGCCGUUCCAGCGGGUUGCGUGCAGGAAGGAGAGAAGGCUCCCGCCUGCACUCCAGCGACGGUUACUAUGGUUAUGAACAGCCCCUCUCAUUCAUUCAAGGAGAAGACUCUACACCUUCCCAGGUAACAAGUGACUCAGAGGAGCAGAAAGGGCAGGUCAUGAAGAAAGGGGCAGAGGCGCCCUGCUCCCCCAUGCACCAGCAGGAGCCUACAGUGCGACAGCCCGCCCUGGGUGCGAGUCCCCCCUGGUCCCCCCGCCAUGCUCACCGCUCAGGUGGCUCCUCCCCAUCAACACCCCGAUCGCAGAGUGCAGCUGCCAAGGCGGUCUCCCAGGGGUCCCCCGUCUUACCAUCCAAACAGAGGCGGAGCAGUGGCGUCUCCCCGGCACUCACAGAUCGAAGCCCCCGGGGAGGCAGAAGAAGCAGCUCCACGAGGGCCCGCCCAAGUCUUGCGGCCCCGGUGUCCCCAGAAGCGCCCACAUCCAUUGACCUCACGCAGCCCGACUCUGGCGCCCCGCCCUGCAGGGGCAGGGACAGUGACGUCAUUCUCUUGCUGGAUUCGGAUGAGGAGCUGGAGCUGACACAGGCUGGAAAGAGACCUGGCACCAGCGCGUCUCCGGAGGCAGGGAAGGGGGUGGAUGUCAGCCCCAGGUCCUCAGAGCUGUUCUCCAUCAUUGACAUCGACGCAGACCUGGACCGUUCUCCAAGCCUACCAGGAAAGGAUGGCGAGCUGCAGCUGGGGGCCAGCAUGCCCUCGCCAUCCGGGAGCCGGGGUUCCGUGGGCAGCAGAGGGCGGUGCAGGCUCUUCUGUGACCAGGAGAGCAGCCCCGAGGAGGACAGCACCCCGGACAGGUCAUGGCUGGUGCCCGCCACCCCACUGGCCGGGAGGAGCCGUCACUGUACCUCCCAGGCGCGAGGCCUACACGCCAGGACUUCAGUGCAGGAGCCCAGGGCCGCAGCUGCAGGCAAGAAGGAAGCCACUGAGCCACAUCCAGUCCUCGUACCCCAGACUACUCCGCCGUGGCUCCUUCCUGCGUCCCCAGGGAGCUCUGCUGGCCGGAGGGGCACUGCCAGGAGCCCGGCCAGUGGACAGUCUCAGCCACACACCUGCCCACCAAGGAGGAGACGCCGACACUCGAUGCCCAAGCCACUCCGGCUGAGCCAGGCCCCUGUGGGUGAGGUGGUGGAAGUCGAGGACAGCGAUGAUGAGCUGGGGGUGGCCCCCCUGAAGGCGAAUAGCAGCCCCCUGCCUGAAGGGGAGCUCCCUGCCCCCAGUGACAGCUGGACUGCCGAGCCCCUCUCUCCGAUUCCCAUUGACCACCUCAACCUGGGACAGACAGGCCCCCUGAGCACCAGCAGCCCCAGCCCCAGGCCAAGGGAGGCCCCUACCAGCGAGCCCUGCAGCUUCCCCAGCCCCCUGAACACCACUCCCAUCCGAGGGAGCUGCCCUGACCCGGGGGGAGCCCCCGAGCAGUCCCCGGGGGCCAGCAGGCUGAGCUGGCUGAAUUCGGAGCUGUGGGACAAGUGGGACGGAGAGACAUCACCAGAGGGUCUUCUGCUAGCCCAGAGACAGGGCACCCCCUGCGCUGGGGAACCAGGAGGCUCAGAGACACCUAAAGGUGCCCGUCGGAAGAAGAACUUGCCUCCCAAAGUACCCAUCACACCAAUGCCACGGUAUUCCAUUUUGGAGACCCCAGUGCUGAAGAAAGAGCUGGACAGGUUUGGAGUCCGCCCUCUGCCCAAACGCCAGAUGGUUCUGAAGCUGAAGGAGAUAUUCCAGUACACUCACCAGACCCUGGAGUCUGACUCGGACGACGAGAUUCCGUCCUCGCAGGUGCCCCUGAUGCAGGCCACUGCCGAAGCCCCUAAGACCUCAAGGUCAGGAGGCCACCCCCCACCAAAGGCGACCACUGGCUACAUCACCCAAAGGGCCAAGGGACCCAUUGAGGGCACGAGCCGCCGGUGCAGAAGGAGGCAGCCUGUGGAAGCCCCCCCAGCCCUGCCCAGGCCACCAGCUAAGGAGGAUGCCUCGGAUCCAAAUGACGAAGACCAGCUCCCUGCCUCCCAGGAAUCUGCAGCCACUUCGGUGGUCAGCAGUGAUGGGUCCUGGGGCUCACAGAGCUCCGCUUGUGGUGAGUUUGGAGCGGCCUUUGAGUCCGAAGGGGCCGACGAGGGCGAGGAGGGGGUCCCGGCAUCGCAGGUGGCCUCGCGGGCGGCGGACACGCAGGAGGCCGUGUGGCACUACAUCCGCUCCCAGCCGGCCCUGUACCGGAGGGUGCUGUUGUACCAGCCCUUGGAGCUGGCCGAGCUGCAGGCGGAGCUGAGGCAGAGUGGCAUCCGCGUGGCCGCCGGCAAGCUGCUGGACUUCCUGGACUCCCAGUGCAUCACCUUCACCACGGCCGCCACCAGGAGGGAGCGGCUGGAGCAGAAGAGGCGGCGACCCGCGGGCAAGAAGAGGCGCGGGCAGGACUGAGGGGCGCCCUCCUGCCCUGCCCGUACUCCACUCUGACCCCCAGGGUCCGGGCCAGACCUUUCCGGAGCCCCACUCCCCGAGGUGGCAGCACCCACCAACCCUGGCCCUUAACCAGCACCGCCGUGUGUGUGCGUGGGGUGCCACCGGCUACACGUGUCCCAGCACCACCAUCCCACCACCCAGCAGCCGCCUGCCCACCUACCCCACAACCAUCGUCAUCACCCGCCGGCCUCAGGCUGGACCCGAGAGGGCACUGCCCUCAGGACUGGCUCUCCUCCUCCCGGUGCCCCCGGGAGGCCGCUGGCUUCACUCUCUGCCCAUAGGUCACCCCUGCCUGUGUCUGCGCUGUGUUUUGUAUCAAGUGCAAUAAAAAGGCUUUGUCA